AAAGGCCUUCACUUCUCUGGAUCGAAGAGCGCGGCGUCCCACGGCGGAGGGGUUCAUCGGAGAGCGGCGACCUUGAGUUAGCUCAAGAUGGCUAGAGGUUUGAAGAAGCAUUUGAAGAGGCUUAAUGCCCCUAAGCACUGGAUGCUUGAUAAGCUUGGCGGUGCCUUUGCCCCCAAGCCAUCAUCUGGUCCUCACAAAGCUAGGGAAUGCUUGCCAUUGAUUCUCAUCAUGAGGAAUAGGUUGAAGUAUGCCCUCACAUACCGUGAGGUUAUUGCAAUCCUGAUGCAGCGCCAUGUGUUGGUGGAUGGAAAGGUCAGGACUGACAAGACCUACCCUGCUGGUUUCAUGGAUGUUGUGUCUAUACCAAAGACAAAUGAGAACUUCAGACUUCUCUAUGAUACCAAGGGGCGCUUCCGUCUCCACUCAAUCAAGGAUGAGGAAGCAAAGUUCAAGCUCUGCAAGGUGCGUUCCGUGCAGUUUGGACACAAGGGCAUCCCCUAUCUGAACACCUACGAUGGCCGAACUAUUCGCUAUCCUGAUCCUCUCAUCAAGGCCAAUGAUACAAUCAAGCUUGAUCUGGAAACUAACAAGAUUGUUGAUUUCAUCAAGUUUGAUGUUGGCAAUGUUGUCAUGGUGACUGGUGGUAGGAACACAGGUCGUGUUGGUGUGAUCAAGAACAGGGAAAAACACAAGGGAAGCUUUGAGACAAUCCACGUCCAAGAUGCCACCGGCCAUGAGUUCGCCACCCGUCUGGGCAAUGUCUUCACAAUCGGCAAGGGCACAAAGCCGUGGGUGUCCCUUCCCAAAGGCAAGGGUAUCAAGCUUAGCAUCAUCGAAGAAGCCAGAAAACGGGCAGCUGCUGCAGCUUCGGCAGCCACUACUGCUUAAUUUUACAGUUAUAAUAAUCCAUGCGUACUGCGUAGUGAGGCAAGACUUACUGGAUUACUCCAUUUUUUGUGUUUCAGCAUUCUAGGUUUUGCUUGCAUUGAAUUGUUCUGUUCAAUCCUUUAAGAGUUUCAAGCCCAGCUUUUUGACUCUUUAAAUCUCUCUGUGAACUGUUGCUUUUGUUUAUUUGCCAAUCUUAGGUAAUGUUGAACAAGAAAUACUGGUUUUUAAAUUAAAUGUAUUUUGAGCUUAUCAGCGGUAAAUUUUUGAUGUCA